GAGCCAUGCAAACUCGCCGUUUGUAGCCCUCUCUCUCUCUCUGGCCAUUUGUGUCAAUAAAAACGCGCUAUCUCUCUCCCUCUUGGCCCUCCUUCUCUUCUCUUUUCUAUAUUUAGCAACCCAAAAUAAAGCCCCUUUCUUUUUAUCUAGAGAAAUUAAGAAAGCUAAGUCCUCUGCUUUUCUUUUAAAACCUGACCAUCGACAUUGGUUCUUGAUUUCAAAGACUCAGGUUUUUUGGUUUCUUAGGGGUUUUUGAUCAAUUGGGUCUUUGUGUUUUCAAGAGAAAAUUAUAAUGGGGAGAGGAAAGAUUGAAAUUAAGAAGAUUGAGAACGCAAAUAGCAGGCAAGUCACGUUUUCAAAAAGAAGAGCCGGGUUGCUUAAAAAGGCUCAAGAGCUUGCCAUUCUCUGUGAUGCUGAGGUUGCUGUAAUUGUUUUCUCAAACACUGGCAAGCUUUUUGAGUUUUCCAGUUCUGGCAUGAAGAGAACACUUUCGAGAUAUAACAAGUUCUUAGAUUCCCCAGAGCAGCCUAAAAUAGAAUACAAGGCUGAGAAACCAGAUUUGAAAGAGGUCGAUGUUCUAAAAGAAGAAAUUGCAAAGCUACAAGUGAAACAGUCGCGACUUUCGGGAAUGGACCUGACUGGAUUGAGCUUAAAAGACUUGCAACAACUAGAAAAACAGUUAAAUGAAGGGUUGUUAUUCGUGAAAGAGAAAAAGGAGCACUUACUGAUGGAACAAUUAGAGCAAUCAAGAGUACAGGAACAGCGGGCCAUGCUGGAGAAUGAAACUUUGCGCAGACAGAUUGAGGAGCUUCGAGGUUUCUUUCCAUCAACUGAUCAUCCAGUCCCACCUUAUCUUGAAUGCUAUGCGACAGAAAGGAAGAAUUCUCCCAUAGACAAUGGCGCCACAAGCCCUCCUGUAGCCCACUAUAUUUGCUCCAUUGAGAAAGUCGAUUCAGACACAACUUUGCAUUUAGGGCUGCCUACUGACACCAAUCGCAAGAGGAAAGCACUAGAAGGAGAAAGCCAUUCCAAUGAUUCAGAUAGUCGACUGAGCCUGCUGUAAAUUUAUCCUUCUUGCCGUUCUCCUUUAAUGUUAAUAUAGCCAACAAAACUGAAAAGAAUAUGCCGCAGUUGACCAAAGUUUCUCUUGAGACAUCAGUUAGGCCAAUCAAAAGAUAAUCAUGAAAUUUGUGGCUUGCGGAUAUUGCUUUUAUAGGAGAAAAGACUGAACUUUCCAGUGAGGCAGAAAGAAAAGAACUGUAGUUGGUUUGCCUAAAUUUGAGAUGGCAUGUAGUGCUUAGUUUCUUGCAAUGACUAAAAUGAUGAACUUAGCUUUUCCAUAUAGUACAUGAGACGAAGGUUCACACUUCUUCAUCCAAUCAUUUGAACUUGUUGUGAGAUUAAAAAAAUGCCUUGAUAUCUUAUUGUUACCAAGCAUUGCAGUGAUGACUUGAGCCUGGGCGAGCCGCCUGGGUGGGAACGCCUCUGACCAGCUACACCACACCCCUCUUCGUUAUUUUCCAGCCUGUUAAUAGAUGUAGAAACCUGCAUCGCAUCUGCUCUUACUGGAUAAAUAUCGACUGUGUGGGUGAGAUCACGGAGACAAUUUUCACAAGUAUUUAAUAAUUCGAAGUUCAUAACAACGGAAAAAGGCGUUCUAACACUUACAAACGAUUCUUUAGCUACAAUCAGAAUAAUACAAUCAAAUAAUACAACCUAUAUGCAGAGGAUCAACAUAACUAUUGUUUCGUAUGUCGAAUGCCGUCAAGCAAUUCAUUUCUUCCAGCCAAUAUUUCGGAGAAGAGAGAGUUUACUUCCUUGUCCAAACCAUCCAGCAGCUGCUCGAAUGCUUUCAAUCUUCUCUGCAUCUCCUCAGCUCGAUAACUUACCUUUUCAUUAGCUGUGGCCGCUGCAAUACAAUCUGCUGCAUCUUUCAGCUCUUUAACCUCCUUUAACACAACCCCUCUAUCCAUUACUGCUUCAGAAAUACUCAUGUCCAGUUUGAUCACUGAAGAGUUAGAGAACAUCCCAGUAGUCGAUUUUCUCAUCUCCAAGAAUGCCCUGGCAUCACCAGACAGACCAGCCAAUAGAACAUAACAUACCCAGAAUCCCACACUGUUUAAUUCAAUCAAAGCUUGAUCAAUGAUCCAUUCCUCACCAGAGCAGGGUCUUUCUUUCUCAUCGUCAAUGUUGUCUUGGCCUUUGAAAUUCUUGAUUGAACUGUUGAACUUGAUUGCCUUGAUAUGCUCAAUUGCCGAAGAAGGUGAACUCCCCAGGAGGCUCAAAGAAUGAGCCAAAGAAAGCCGAACUUUUUCUAAAU